AUGAGGUUCAUGCUGAGAAACCUAACUAAUUUGGCUCAGUUCAGUGUGCGCCGCUCUGCCCGGAAUAUGUCUACUCUACCAGAUGUCCAUCAUUUGCCUCAGCUACACAGUACGCUCGAACAGGCCAAACGGUUUGCUGCUUACAGAGCCGUAGAUGAAAACCUGGAUUACCUGAACCAUCGGGUGAUUGGCGUUGGUUCCGGUUCGACGGUAAUCUACGUAGCGGAGAGGCUGGGUCAGUAUCUUUUGGAUCCGAAGUACGCCGUCCACGCUUCGCAAUUUGUGUGUAUUCCAACUGGAUUUCAAUCCAAGGGACUAAUUCUAACAAACGGCCUAAGAUUGGGCACUAUCGAACAACAUCCAUCGCUAGACAUCGUAUUCGAUGGUGCGGACGAGGUAGACGUCAACCUGCAACUCAUCAAGGGUGGUGGUGGCUGUUUGUUUCAAGAGAAACUGGUGAGCACUUCGGCUGCAAAGUUCGUGGUGGUUGCUGACUAUCGUAAGAGAUCUCCCAAGUAUCUAGGUACCAACUGGGUGAAAGGUGUUCCCAUUGAGGUUGUUCCUACCAGUUACAUACGGGUCCUCAGCGAUUUGAAAACCAAGCUGAAAUGCAAAAAUGCUGUUCUCAGGCAAGGUGCCCCCGCGAAGGCUGGACCUGUGGUCACCGACAAUUGUAACUUCAUCAUCGAUGCUGAUUUUGGCGAAAUUGAGCACCCAGAAAUCCUACACAGAGACAUCAAGAUGUUGGUUGGCGUUGUGGAAACAGGCUUAUUCAUCGACAACGCCUCCAAGGCAUACUUUGGCAACCCAGAUGGAUCUGUUGACUUACGCGUAUGA